AUGCUGCUCCCGACGCUCAUCGACCUGCGGCGCCCCGCGGGCCGCACGCUCGAUCCAGAAGACAUCUUCGGCUCGUCGCUCGGCGGCGUGUUCACCGACGACCUGCAGAACCAGCACGGCGACGACCCGGACACGGUGAUUGUGUACUCGAAUGCGCGGCACGGGGCGCUGGAGUUUCGCACCGCGGAUAUUCAUGGCGAGGAGGAGCGGCGCAAGAUGGCGCACUACCUGUGGAAUGCGGGGGUGCUGAUGGCGGAGCUGUGGUGGGUUGGGCGCGAGGAGGAGCGGGCGUGGGCGGUGCGCGGGCAGCGCGUGAUUGAGCUGGGUGCAGGCGUAGGACUGGGCGGCGUGAUGAGCGCGCUCGCGGGUGCGGACGAGGUGGCUAUCACCGACUACCCCGCGCCGCCAAUCCUCGAGGCUAUCGCGGCCAACGUCAAGAAGAACGUGCAGGGCCCGCUCCAGGCGCGCGUCGCGGUCCACGGCCACCUGUGGGGCGACACAGCGUCCGAGUUUGCGGCGGCACACGCGCACAAGUACACGCGCGUGCUGGCCGCAGAUUGUCUGUGGAUGCUGGGAGAGCACGAGAACCUGGCCAAGUCGAUGCGCCACUUCCUCGCCGACACACCCGACGCGCGCGUGCUGUGCAUUGCUGGCUUCCACACAGGCCGUGCCAAGCUGGUGCCGUUCUUCGAAGAGGUUGCUCCGCAGCAGGGGCUCGAAGUCGAAGACAUCUUCGAGAUGGACGCCGAUGGCGCGCGGCGGCCCUGGGCAACAGAGCGAGACGGAGGGCGCGAGGACAUUGGCGAGCGGAAGAAGUGGCUGGUGGUAGCCAGGCUGCGUGCCGUGUAGCGAGAAC